AAAGACGAAUUUCUCAUACUUUAAAUUUUACAGGCGGCGUAGUAAUGCGCUGCUGUGUGUGUCUGUGCUUAAAAGUGGUUACCAUGGUUUGCCUGUUCAAUUAAAAAUUGAGAAUGGACGAAAUCAGUCCUCUGUUGAACCCACGUAAUGAGAGUACUGAUCUCCCUUCGCCCAACCUGAGACCAAGACAUCAAGAACUCAUUCCAACACCAUGUGGACCAAUAAAGCCCUGGUCAGAGCUGUCAUGCCACGUAAAACUGUACUACUGUGUGACCAUUACUUCACUGGUGGCUCUGUUUGCUCUCACCAUUGUGAACAUCUACAGACAAAGUCAGGACAAGUAUCCCUAUGAAGAGGAUUUAACUGUAUCCCUCAUACAGCUUGUGGGAAUCUUGUUCUGCUGUUACUACAUCACCCGGGGCAUCCUGCAGGAGAACCGUCAGGAGCUGAUCGUGUUCGUGCUCAGCGUGCUGGCACUCAUGAUGAGAUCGGUGGUCAACUUCGCUGUCCUCCCCGUGCAGGAGAGGAAGAGCCUCAUUCUGGCGCGAUUUGUGUGUAUCCUGUGUCUGGGCUUCUUCCAUGUGGUGUGCGCCACUCUGCUCAUCAGGACACCCAACAUGAUGGCCUUCCGUGUGGGUGGGGCUCUGGAGAGCCUGCAGGAGCAGUACUUUCUGCUCAAUCUCUGCUUCUCGAUGGUGACCUUUGACCUCCAGGCCCAGCUCUGCCUCUGUAUCCUGAUUCUGACAUCUGGCUUCUCCACGUCGUACUCUCACAGCAUCAUCCUGGGCUUCGGCGUCUUCUGGGCUUGCUUGACCGCAGCCACUGGAAUCAUAGCAGUCUUAAAAGAGAGGAAGGCACUUGUGUGGGUCUUUGCCCUGCAGAACUUGCCCGAGCUGGCUUACCUCAUUUAUGUGCUUUAUAUGGUCAUAGCGGAGUGGGGCAGCGGGCACUCCUUCGCCCUGGAAGCAGCCGCUAUCACCGGCUCGUGGAUAUCGGUCCUGAUUAAGGCUGUCCUGUUCUGGUCCCUGAUCCGACUGUAUCGGAGCUUCGGGCAAGGACUGCGAGAGAGGAUGUUUGCCUCCCAUCAGUAACACUAAGGAAUUCACUGCCAGAAGCUGCAGGAAACAUGUGGAUCCAAACUCUGACCACAAGGGGGCGCAUAAAUGCACAGUCGCUUUUAUGACGAUGAGCACCACUACACACAAACGGGACUGGAUAAAAGUGGUGAUUUGUUGAUUUAAAUUGCAUAUGCCCUAAAACUUUGUAAAGAAAUUAUUUUUUAUAUUGGCCUACCUGUACAGGUUUGUUAGGUGCAGCCCUGUCUGAGUAAUUCUGCUGUGUGACUGUGAAAUGUGUACAGAAUACUGGGAGGGGGUGUGGGGAGUUCAUGAAUUAAGACUUUUUGUGGACAUAUGGAAUGUUUUUAGAUAGAUUUUAUGUAAGAGUUCUGUUCCUGCUGGUCCAGACUGCUUCAGAAACUUGGAUUGAAUCUCUUAUUCUACCCGUUUUGUGAACAGCUCUUUGAAAUCAGGAAGCUAACAUCACCCUUUGGCCAAAAAGUACUCCCACAAAAGUGCCUCAAAUUGUGAACGCUUGGUUUAUUUUCUUUUAAUUUAUGUAUGCUGUUGCACCUUAUUGUCUUUUAUACCUGCACUUGUGCAGUGUGCCUGUCUCUCUACUGUGAUAACCGAUCGAUUUGCGUAUGCCUCUCGCUGCCAUUUUAGCAAGCACAAAAACAUGAACUAGUUUUGUAUGAAAUUUUCCAUAAACAUGUCAGGUUGCACAGCGUGUAGACUUACUUGUUUACACAUUGCGUCCACCUGGUUGAAGUGUGGUUCUGCACCGGAAACACAAGGGAGUGACUUCUGUCCCUCUCUGGUUCCCCCCCUGUUCAAGCUCAGGUGUCUCCGGUGCAUCAUUCCUGCGUGCAACACUGACAUCUUUUGUUUCUUGCAAAGCCAAUAACUACAGAGAGAACAGGAGAUGGAGCAAGCUGCUGCUGGGGUCUUAAUCGAGGCAGAGUCGCCUUCGAAGGCGUACGAUAUCACUGAGUGUUCGGUACCAAAUUGAGCACUGUUACCUUUUGCAGCAUGUCGAGAGGGUUCUCCUGAGGGUCCCUGCCAUGUGUGUUGCUGUUAUAUAUAGUUACCUGUAAAAGAAAUGAUUCACACUGGUCAAAGGAAUAGCACAGGCAUUUUCCAGGUAGCCUUCAGUAAUCUUCAGCUGUGCUAAAAUCAAGUGUGCUGAGUGAGUCUUGUGGUACAGUAUUUCUACCAUUCCAUUCUCCUUUUGCUGUGGUUUUCUUGUCAGAGUAUUCAUUUUUAUGUUUCUAAUUAUAUUUGCUACUUGCACAUCUGGAUCAGAGGAAGGGACAACUGGUCACAUUUUAUGGCUGUAGGUCUACAAACCAUGGAAACCAAAGACUACCGAGGAUAUAGUGAUGUACUUUGGAUAGUGAACGUUAGUGCAGUAUUCUAUGGUAUAGUCUUUUAAUUUUUAUAUUGUUUGUUUUAAUCUGCCGCAAUCUCCAUAUUUAAAGCAUCUCAAUUUGUAUACAUUUUAAUUUUUAGUCAUUUAAAGUUGGAAUGCACUAAAACUGUCCUGUGCCUGUCAUUCCUUCGGCAGUUGGAUACCAGUCACGCUUUGCCCUUCUUCCCUCUCCAAAAAGACUAACAUCGCAUUUAUUGUAAAAUCUUUCUUAUUUUCUUCAUUAGAUGAAAAGGAGCAGUAGGGCACAAACAAGAGAACCUUUGUGUAGAGGAGGGAACACCACACUGGCCUCCUCUCUUCCUGUCACUCAUUGGCAUUUAUCAGAGGUCAGAGAUCUCCCCCAGGCUGUGCCUGCACCAGCACUUCCUUGUUGUAUACAUUGUCAUGUUAGAAUACGGAGCAGGGCUUCUUUCUCUCCUGGCACUUUAUCACUCAACACAAUUGAAGGUUUCAGCUGUAGAUGUGCACGCCUGUGUCUCAGAUUCCCAUUAGGAUAAAUAUCUAAAUAUCAGAAAGUUGGCUUGGGAUUUAAAAUCUUAUUUGGCACAGCAGUGGAGGAAGGAGCUAGUCUUGAACAUUGGGGGCUUGUUCAAGUGCUGUCUGCAACCUGUUAGGCAGUAGAGCGUAGCAUCAGUCCUUUCACGUCUUCAUGAUCACUUCCUGUUAUUUUUCUGUAACCCUGGUAGGUUUUUUUCUUAACUUGGUCAAGAUUUUAAAUAAAACUUUUAAAAAUUAAAUACUGUUGCUUUUCCAACAGAAAUGUCCGACAAAAGCAUGACUGUUGUGCACACUUAAGACUUAACAGCGGUGAAGCUCCUAAUACUCUGAAGAUGUUUAAAGAAAAUGUAAUGCAAAAUAAAGUUCAUCUUUUUUUAUUUACUUUUAACAGGUAAUGCCUUUAUCAUUGAUCUCUGUUUUUUGUAAAUUCACAAAUUAUAGUUCUCAUUCCACAGAUUGCGGCUGAGCUGCAAUUCAUAAUGUGUUCUUUGUCAGUGUGAAACACUUCAAAGAAGGAGAAUCCUGUAAACUGAUAUGCAUCUACAUGUGAAAGAACUAACGUGGGAAAAAAACACUGUUCAGACAAGAUAAGACUGAAAUCCCUCAGUCAAUAAUAACCUUGUGCACUUCCUGAUAAAGUUGUGUAAUACAGUAUCUAUAACACGUAACAUAAUAGGCUUUAUAAAAUAUUAAAAACACUAAACAUGC